GGAAAAAAAGAAAAGAAGGAGCGUGCAAAUAAAAGUCACAGUCGCGACCCAAACUAGCGAAAAGCUUCGAUUUCCAGCGAUCCUAGAGUUGGAUUUUUAGGGUUUGAAUCUUGAGAACGAAGAUGUAUUCGUUAUCGAUGCAAUUCUCGCUUUUGCAAUCACCAUCUCGACCUUCUUCGUCUUUCUUAGCCAACCAUGAACCUAAACUCUCUACUUCUUCCUCCUCUGCGAGCUUCCCCUUGAAGACUUGGAAGAGUACCGGAAGUGGGAAUUUGAUGGUUCUGAGAGUUAAAACUUAUGGUUCUUCUUCUUCUGAUUCCUCUCCAGAGUCCAAUGGCACUCGGCCCAAAAGCAGGAGGGAUAUUCUACUGGAGUAUGUUCAGAAUGUGAAGCCUGAGUUCAUGGAGAUGUUCGUUAAACGUGCCCCUAAACAUGUGGUUGAUGCAAUGAGACAAACUGUGACAAAUAUGAUUGGAACGCUGCCACCGCAGUUUUUUGCGGUUACUGUCACCUCUGUUGCUGAGAACCUUGCACAACUGAUGAUGAGCGUAUUGAUGACUGGAUAUAUGUUUAGAAAUGCUCAGUAUCGUCUUGAAUUGCAACAAAGUUUGGAGCAGGUUGCUCUUCCUGAACCACGUGAUCAAAAGGGGGGUGAGGAAGACUAUGCACCAGGAACUCAAAAGAAUGUUUCAGGGGAAGUGAUCAGGUGGAAUAACAUUUCUGGUCCUGAAAAAAUUGAUGCAAAAAAGUAUAUCGAGCUUCUAGAAGCAGAGAUCGAAGAACUCAACCGUCAAGUGGGGAGAAAAUCUGUGAAUCAGCAGAACGAAAUUUUGGAGUAUCUAAAAUCUCUCGAACCCCAAAAUCUUAAGGAGCUUACAAGCACUGCAGGCGAAGAUGUUGCCGUGGCCAUGAAUACAUUUGUCAAGCGGCUUCUUGCUGUGUCAGACCCAAAUCAAAUGAAGACGAAUGUGACAGAGACAAGCGCAGCGGACCUUGCAAAAUUGUUGUAUUGGUUAAUGGUAGUUGGAUAUAGCAUUCGCAAUAUCGAGGUUCGGUUUGAUAUGGAACGUGUGCUUGGUACUCAACCGAAGCUUGCAGAGCUGCCUCCUGGUGAAAUUAUUUGAACACUGUAAUGAAUAAAACCAGGGCUUUUUUUUACCCGAAGAACUCAGAUUUCACUUGUCAAGUAAUUUUUAUUGUAAAAUUGAUUGAACUUACUUUGAAGAGAAGACAGAUUUUGCUUUGAGAGACCU